AUGCUUGAAGGCGGAGAAGAAAGAAAUACGUAUGUCGUGUCUGCACUUGGUGGUGUAGGCACGGGUAAAUCCAGUUUAUUGAACGCCAUUACUGCUGAAUACACCUUUGAAACGGGAGAUGGCACAAAUGCAACGACAAAGGAAGUGCGUGGAUUAGUCAAAGAGUGGAAAUAUGCACCUUCACUCAAGUACUGCCAUUUGAUUGAUACACCUGGUUUGAUCGACUCCAAUAUCCAAGAUCGACAGAGUAUCCAAGAGAUGACUCGAUACUUUAAAUCCCUCGAAAAUGGUGUCAGUGCAUUCUUCUUGGUAUUCAACAUCAACGAUAUCAGAUUGGAUGCCUAUACGCAAAACAUGCUCAUCUUGUUUCAUCAAUUGCUCGGUAAAGAUUUCUGGAAUUUCGUAGUGAUUGUGUUUACACAUGUGGAUGAGAAUUUCAGAGAUGAUUUAGAGGACAAUAUUGAUGCAGUGACCGAGAGUCAUGAUGGCUUUGUGGCUGAAAUUAGAAGAAUCUACAAACUACCUAGAUCAUUCCAGCCUUCCGUCAUAUUCACUUCUACGCAGAAUGUCAGAUCCAGCAGCUACACACAGAGACACAUUCGAGAAUUAUACCACGCUGUUGGCAUGUGUGAAUCACGCAACAGCGGCAAACGAUUCACCUGUAACUGGUUGAGACAAAUUCUGGUGAUUCCUACCGAAGAGCAAAAAUCUAACUUUAUCAAGGAGAGUAUCAAGGAUGCUUGGUCUUCCAUGUCAAAUGCCUGUCAAAUGCAGUAA